GAAAUUCAAACGUGUUUGAGGAGCGGGGCUGGGAUUCCAUCUUUUGUUCUCAACUCAGCUUUCCGGCGGAGAGUCCGACCUUGCCGGCGCACGGAGGGACGGCGGCGGUCGGUGUGUGGGCUCUUUAGCCGCGCCGCGCGGGCCGAAAUGGAGGCUGAGGAUUUAAGUGGCAGAGAAUUGACAAUUGAUUCCAUAAUGAACAAAGUGAGAGAUAUUAAAAAUAAAUUUAAAAACGAAGACCUUACUGAUGAGCUAAGCUUGAAUAAAGCCUCUGCUGAUACUACAGAUAACUCGGGAACUGUUAACCAAAUUAUGAUGAUGGCAAACAACCCAGAGGACUGGUUGAACUUGUUGCUCAAACUAGAGAAAAACAGUGUCCCUUUAAAUGAUGCCCUUUUAAAUAAAUUGAUUGGUCGUUACAAUCAAGCAAUUGAAGCACUUCCUCCAGAUAAAUAUGGCCAAAAUGAGAGUUUUGCUAGAAUUCAAGUGAGAUUUGCUGAAUUAAAAGCUAUUCAAGAGCCAGAUGACGCACGCGACUACUUUCAGAUGGCCAGAGCAAACUGCAAGAAAUUUGCUUUCGUGCAUAUAUCUUUUGCACAAUUUGAACUAUCACAAGGUAAUUUCAAAAAAAGUAAGCAACUUCUUCAUAAAGCUGUGGAAUGUGGAGCAGUACCCCUAGAAAUGCUGGAAAUUGCCAUUCGGAAUUUAAACCUUCAAAAAAAGCAGCUGCUUUCAGAGGAAGAAAAGAAGAGUUUAUCAGCAUCUACAGUAUCAAAUGUGCAAGAACCGUUCCCCAGUACACUUGGACAUUUACCGAAUAGGAACAUCAGUUGUGAUUCCAGAGCACAGACUAAAGCCAGGUUUUUGUAUGGGGAGAACAUACCCCCUCAAGAUGCAGAGAUAGGCCAUCGAAAUCCUUUGAAACAGACAAACAAAGCUAAACGAUCAUGCCCGUUCGGAAGAGUCCCAGUUAACCUUCUAAGUAGCCCGGAUUACCAUGAGAAGACAGAUGCUUCAGUUGCACCACCUUUUACUAAAAGACAGAUCUCUGGAUCAGAAUGCCGAGAUACAGUCGUUUCUGGAUCUAAAUCAAGUGGAAAUGAUUCCAGUGACUUGAGACAUUUAACGUCUGUUAAAAAUAUUCGUUCCAAGGAACCUCAGAUGUCAGAUGAGAAGAGUUCUGAACUUAUUACUGAUUCAGUAACCCUGAAGAAUAAAAGUGAAUCAAGCCUUCUAACAAAAUUAGAAGAAACUAAAGAACAUCAAGAACCAAAGGUUCCAGAAAGUAACCAGAAACAAUGGCCAUCUAAGAGAAAGUCAGAAUGUGUAAACCAGAAUCCUGCUGCAUCUUCAAAUCAGUGGCAAAUUUCAGAGGUAAUCUCAAAAGUUGAUACAGAGCAGAAACAAACCAGUUUUGAGCAACCUGCCCUUUCGGUUUCAAAGCAGUCGCCACCGAUAUCAACACCUAAAUGGAUUGACCCAAAAUCUAUUUGUAAGACACCCAGCAACAGUGUCUUGGAUGAUUACAUGAGCUGUUUCAGGACUCCAGUUGUAAAGAACGACUUUCUACCUGCUUGUCAGUUGUCAACACCAUAUAGCCACCUUCCCUAUUUCCAGCAGCAACAGCAGCAAGUACCCGUUACUCCACUUCAAAAUUUGCAGAUUUCAGCAUCCUCUUCAGCAAAUGAAUGCAUUUCAGUUAACAGAAAAAUGUAUUCCAUACUGAAGCAGCUAGGAAGUGGAGGUUCAAGUAAGGUAUUUCAGGUGUUGAAUGGAAAGAAACAGAUACAUGCUAUAAAGUAUGUGAACUUAGAAGAAGCAGAUAGCCAAACAAUUGAUAGUUACCGGAAUGAAAUUGCUUAUCUGAAUAAACUACAACAACACAGUGAUAAAAUCAUCCGACUUUAUGAUUAUGAAAUCACAGAUCAGUACAUCUACAUGGUAAUGGAAUGUGGAAAUAUUGAUCUUAAUACUUGGCUUAAAAAGAAAAAAUCCAUCAAUCCAUGGGAACGCAAGAGUUACUGGAAAAAUAUGUUGGAGGCAGUUCACACGAUUCAUCAACAUGGUAUUGUUCACAGUGAUCUGAAACCUGCUAACUUUCUGAUAGUUGAUGGAAUGCUAAAGCUAAUUGAUUUUGGAAUUGCAAACCAAAUGCAACCAGAUACAACAAGUAUUGUUAAAGACUCUCAGGUUGGUACAGUUAAUUAUAUGCCACCAGAAGCAAUCAAAGAUAUGUCUUCCUCAAGAGAAAAUGGGAAAUCCAAAUCGAAGAUAAGCCCCAAAAGUGAUGUUUGGUCCUUAGGUUGCAUUUUGUACUAUAUGACUUACGGGAAAACACCAUUUCAGCAUAUCAUUAAUCAGAUUUCUAAAUUACAUGCCAUAAUUGACCCUAAUCAUGAAAUUGAAUUUCCUGAUAUUCCAGAGAAAGAUCUUCAAGAUGUGUUAAAGUGUUGCUUAAUAAGGGACCCUAAACAGAGGAUCUCCAUUCCUGAGCUCCUGGCACAUCCAUAUGUUCAGAUUCAAACUCAUCCAGGGAACCAGAUGGCUAAGGGAACCACUGAAGAAAUGAAAUAUGUUCUGGGCCAACUUGUUGGCCUGAAUUCUCCUAACUCCAUUUUGAAAACUGCUAAAACUUUAUAUGAGCACUAUAGUGGUGGUGAGAGUCAUGAUUCCUGUUCAUCAUCCAAGACUUUGGAAAAAAAAUGGGGAAAAAAAUGAUUUGCAGCUACUCAUAAACUGUCAGGUAUCACCUGUAAAAUAUAUUGGACUGUUAUACUCUUGAUUCUGUGUGGAAAUCUACUCCUGAAGACAACUUCACUCUGAAAUGUCAUUGGCAGAAAAAUUCAGUGGAUUAUCCUCAAAAGAAAACUGUAAAAAACCACUAAUGACACUGUAUGUAUUAAAUUGUAGAAUUGUUUUCUCUUUUGUGCUUCCCUGUAAAUCUAAUCUAUUUGAUAUCAUUUUCACACUUGGAAUAGUGGGUGAAAAGUGGAAAUAUUUUCUGAAGGACUAUGUAAAUAGGCUUUGUAUAGUAUAAAAUGACACUAAAAUGUCAAAGUUGUAGAACUGUUUUCUUCAAGCAAAUACAUUGUUGGUGAGGCAACAGAAUUCUUAAUAAAAAUGGAUUAAGGGGAAACAUGAGAGUAGACCUUAGUAAAUUAACUUUGGGGGAAAAAAAAUUCCAGAGUGUUCAAAUUCUAAAGUAGAUUUCCGGUUGUUUUAUGGCACUGAUAAUACUCCAGCAUUUUAGGGCUUCACUUGGCUCUCUUAAUUCUCCGUUUCAUUCUUCAUAGUAUCUAUUGUUUUGGGUGUUCAGAGUAUCAUGCUGGAUUCUAAGAUGUAGUCUGUAUAGGGCAUGACCUCAAUUGUACGACUUGCUUGGUAAUGAGUAAUUACAAAUGUGGUCCCAGAAUUUCUGAGUCUGAAUCGAACAGAUUACUUAAGGAUAUUACCAUGUAGUAUUCUUUUCCCCAAAUUUUUCUUUAGCUUUUAAAACAGUUUUAGAGUCUCAGCAAAAUUGAGGGGAAGGUGCAGAGAUUUCCCAUUUAACCCCUGCCCCACACAUGCACAGCCUCCCCCAUUACCAACAUCCCCACCAGAGUGGUACUUUUGUUACAUUUAAGGAACCUACAUUGACGCACUGUAAUAAUCACCCGAAGUCUAUAGUAUACACAUACCUAGUUCGCUCUUGGUGGUGCAUGUUCUAGGGAUUUGGACAAAUGUAUAAUAGCAUGUAUCUAUCAUUAUACUAUUGUAAAAAUAUUUUCAGUGCCUGAAAAUUCACUGUGCUCCACCUAUUCAUCCCUCCCCUGCCCCCAACCCCUGGGAACCACUGAUCUGUUUGCUGUUUCUAUAGUUCUGCCCUUUCUAGAAUGUCAUGUAGCUGGAAUUAUACAGUACGUAGCCUUUCAGAUUAGCUUCUUUCACUUAGCAAUGUGCACUUAGUAACAUGCACCUCCAUGUCUUUUCAUGGCUUGAGAGCUCAUUUCUUUAUAGUGCCUAGUAGUAUUCCAUUGUCUGGAUGGACCACAGUUUAUCCAUUCACCUCCUGAAGGACAUCUUGGUUGCUUCCAGUUUUUGGCAAUUAUGAAUAAAGCUGCUGUAAACAUCUGUGUGCAGGGCUUUGUGUGGUGUUCAGCUUCAGAGGAGUUGACUACCAAGGAGCAUGACUGAUGGAUUAUAUGGUAAGAGUAUGUCUAGUUCUGUAACAAAGUGCCAAACGGUCUUGCACAGUGGCUGCGCCGUUGUGCAUUGUCUCCCGCAGUGAGUGAGCGUUCCUGUUGCUCCACAUCCUCGCCAGCAUUUGGUGUUGCCAGUGUUCCAGAUCUGGGUCACUCUAGUAGAUGUGUUGUGGUAUCUCAUUGUUUUUUGUUUUUUGUUUUUUUGCAGUACGUAGGCCUCUCACUGUUGUGGCCUCCUCCAUUGCGGAGCACAGGCUCCGGAGGUGCAGGCUCAGCGGCCAUGGCUCACGGGCCCAGCCGCUCUGCGGCAUGUGGGAUCUUCCCGGACCGGGGCACGAACCCAUGUCCCCUGCAUCGGCAGGCGGACUCUCAACCACUGCGCCACCAGGGAAGCCCCCUCAUUGUUGUUUUAAUUUGCGUUUCCCUGAUGACAGCUGACGUGUGGAGCAUUGUUUCGUACUUACGUGCCAUCCACCUGAUACCUUCUUUAGUGAGAUCUUUGCUUCUUUGUCAAAGAUCUGUUAACUAUAUAUAUGGGGUUCUAUUUCUGGGCCGUCCAUUCUGUUCCAUUGAUCAAUUUAGCUUUUCCUUCACCAAUACCACACUGUCUUGAUUACUGUCACUUUACAGUAAGUCUUGAAGUCAGGUGGUGUCAAUCCUCCAACUUUGUUCUUCUCCUUCAGUAGUGUGUUGGCUGUUCUGGGGGGUUUUGCCAUUUCACAUAGAGUUAAAAUCUGUUUGUCAGUAUCCCCAAGUAACUUGCUGGAAUUUUGAUUGGGAUUAUAUUGAAUCCCAAUUGUAGAUCAAAUUGGGAAGAACUGACAUCUUGACAGUAUUGAGUCUUCCUGUCCAAGAACAUGGACUAUUUCUCCAUUUAUUUAGUUCUUCCUUGAUUUCAUUCUUCAGAGUUUUGUAGUUUUCCUUAUAUAGACCUUGUACUUACAUUGUUAGAUUUGUAUAUGAAUAUUUCAUUUUGGGGGCUGCUAAUGUAAAUGGCAUUGUGUUUUUCAUUUCAAAUUCCACUUCUUCUUUGCUGUUAUAUAGGAAAAUGAUUGACAUUUAUAUAUUAACCUUGUAUCCUGCAGUGUCGCUAUAGUUGCGUAUUUGUUCCAGGAGUGGUUUUAUGGAUUCUUUUGGAUUUUCUACAUACAAGAUAAUGUCAUCUGCAAACAGGACAGUUUUAUUUCUUCCUUCCCAAUCUGUAUACCUUUUAUUUCUUCUUACUGCAGUAGGUAAUACUUCCAGUAUGAUGUUGGAAGGAGUGACGCCAAGUCUUUGCCUUGUUUUUGGUCUUAGUGGGAAAACCUCAAGUUUUUAUUAAGUAUGAUGUUUGCUGUAUGUUUUUUAUAGAUAUUCUUUAUCACAUUAAGAAAGUUCUCUGUUUCUAGCUUGCUGAAAGUUUUUAUCGUGAAUGGGUGUUGGAUUUUGUCAAAUGCUUUUUCCGUAUCGAUCAAUAAUGGUCAUGUGAUUUUUCUUUUCUUAGCCUGUUGAUGUGAUGGGUUAUUGUGUGUUAUUAUAACUGACACCAUCUUGGGCCCUUCUAGUUUCUCCUGUCCUUCUGCUGACCCUGCGCAAGAUUGUACUCUGUCUUGUUUCCAAGCACCUACCCCCCAUACCCUAAGUUAACUAUAAAAUUGUCCCAGUGGCCCCUCGGCGUGCAGCUGUGAAUGCUUCCGGGUCAUUAUCUGUCCAAUCCCAAUCCCACCCUAUGAUUAAAUUACCAUAAAAUAAACUGGUCCGCUGAUUGUAUGGAUCAGUUUGUCCGUCUCAAGAUGCCUUUCCAGCUCAGUGGGCACUUUUCAUUUCUUCCGUCCUCUAGCAAUUACAUUAAUUGAUUUUUGAAUGUUGAACCAGUCUUGCAUAUCUGGGAUAAAUCCCACUUGGUUGUGGUUUAUCAUUUUUUUAUACAUUCUCUCUUAAAAUUACCCCUUGAAAGUGACACCCUUUACUUCCACUCACAAUUCAUUGGCUAAAGAAUUUACAUGGUUAAAUGUAAUAACCAUGUGUUCAAAAGAAAAAGAAAAAAAGAGCUAGAAAUAUAUGAUGAACAGCACCAAUUAAAAUUUAUCAGAAGAUAUAGCAAUACUCUUUUAUUUUGCUUCAAUCAAGGGUUCCUACCCUGUAGUUCAGGGCCUCCCAGGACUACUGGGUAUUGAGUGGCACAAAGAGAAUAGAAGUAUUCUAUUUUCUUACGUCACUUUGGAGGGGUUUUAUUUUAUGCUACUUUCCCAAAGUAGUUACAAACAACUUGGGGAUGCUCUCCAUGAAUCUUCUCCUUUCUCUUCCUUCUUUUCUUUCUUCCUUCCUUCCUCUCUCCUCUACUUCUCCACUUUUACCUUUGGAGAAAGUGUAUUGUACCGAAGAGGAAAAUGUAUGAGUAAUUACACUACUUAGUUGCUUAAUAGUUAAAGUAAGAAAUAACCUUUAUUGGGUUCCAAUGUUUGUAGAGCUAUAAUAAUGUAAAAAUUAUGUAUAGAAUACAUAUAAUAUAUACAUAAUUUGUAUGCUAUGUUAUUAGAAAUAUAUAAAAUUAGUGCAUUUGAGAGAAUAAGGUCAGAAAGGCCCCUAUAGGCACAGAUAGGGUAAGGAGGAGGUGAUUGUGGAUGGCCGUUCACAUUCUGACACAGUUGGCACUCAAUCAAGCAAGUGAAGCGCAGCGCCCAGCCCACACUCUGUUACAGAGUCUCCUUGGCACUGGAGCAAGUGAAGCAGAGGGCCCAGCCCAAACUCUGUUACAAAGUCUCCACUUAGUUUAAGGCUACUAUAUGUUAUGUCCUUAUAGGAUAUCUAAUAUGUCGGAGGUACAAUAUGCUUUUUUCAAAGCAUGUGCCAAUGAAGAAAAAUGAUAACUAGUCACAGAGCAAUGGUGGGCUAGCUAACUCUAGCCGGGAGAAAAGUCUAGUGGAGUCUGUGGUGAUGGUGGGGCUGGGUGGGGGCUAUUGAAAGCAGGGAGAGGAGUGAGAUUCUUUGGAGAAGGGUUAGGAGCCAUAUCUGGGGAGGCUCGAGCAUGCUGCCUCUCUUCUCUUCCGUGGGACCGAUCAUCCCAAAUAAACCUGGGGCGUUGCCUCCUCCAGUUCAUUUCUUUUGAUAAAUGGAAAGCAGUCAUAGAUGGAGGCUUUUCCUUGUGCAUCUGUCAUUUAGUGGGUUGGUUUUUCUUUUUAAUUUUUAUUUUAUAGUGGAGUCUAGUUGAUUUACAAUGCUGUGUUAGUUUCAGGUGUACAGCAAUGUGAUUCAGUUAUACAUAUACAUGCAUCUAUUCUUUUUCAGAUUCCUUUCCCAUAUAGGUUAUUAUAGAGUAUUGAGUAGAGUUCCCUGUGCUCUACAGUAGGUCCUUGUGGACUAUCUAGUUUAUUCAUUUAGUGUGUUUUUUUGUUUUGUUUUGUUUUUUUGCGGUACACGGGCCUCUUACUGUUGUGGCCUCUCCCGUUGCGGAGCACAGGCUCCGGACGCGCAGGCUCAGUGGCCAUAGCUCACGGGCCCAGCCGCUCCACGGCAUGUGGGAUCUUCCCGGACCGGGGCACGAACCCGUGUCCCCUGCAUCGGCAGGCGGACUCUCAACCACUGUGCCACCAGGGAAGCCCCAUUUAGUGUGUUUUUUAAUGUUAUUAUAAAAGGAAAAAGGUCUCCUCUUUUUUUGGGGGGGGAGGCCGUACCACAGUUUGUGGGAUCUUAGUUCCCCGACCAGGGAUUGAACCCAGGCCCUCAGCACUGAGGGUGUGGAGUCCUAACCACUGGACCACCAGGGAAUUCCUUUUUUUUUUUUUCCUUGAAAAUAGUCUCAUCUUAAUCUAGUUGAAAAGUAAGUAGAAAGAAACAUAAGUUACACCUAAUCCCAUCACCCUGAGUUAGUUACUGAUAACAUUUGGCAUAUUUGCACAAUUGAGAUAAUAUGUUAACAACUUUAUACUCCUGUUUUUUCACCUACCUUUCUCAUAGGCAUUUUCCUAAGUCAUUUAAACCUUUCAUAAAUAUAAUUUUGAUUCCUAUGAAAUGUCCUAUCACGUGAAUAUACAAACAUAGUUCCUUAUUUUUUAUUUUGUGUAAAAUAAUUCAGAAUAAACCUUAACAAAGCUGUUUUGUUUUUAAAGAAUGGAAGUUAAUGUUUGUCCAAAAACAUAACUAAUAAUAUAAAUCCACAAAUAAAUAAACAUCGUGACACCA